AUGCUACAGGCCCCUCGGUGGACUACCCACGGAACUGCAUACGACAAUGUCUGCCACCAGGGGUGGCUACAGCUCAGAUCCCUCAGGCUGCGCCUCCUAUGGACGGACCGCUGCAACGCCAUCCAUGCUAACCCUCUCGACCCUCCUACAUUGCCGGCCUUGCUCCCCAGCCUGGCCAUGGUUCACUUCCAAGCUCUCGCAACAUACCACACCCGCCGCUGCCAUCAGCUCCGCGCCGAAGCGUUCACCGCCCUUGUGCAGCAGUGCCGGCGAGCGACGGCAGGACACCUUACCCCGCCUCCCACAUCACCACGCGUGGGUCUCCUCCUGUUUGAUGGUGCUUCCAGAUCGGACACAGCUUGUGGAGGAUCUGGCGCCAUCGCCAUGCCCAUACAUGAACCCCUAUUGAGUGAAUACGAUGCUCACUACAUCCCCACCACGACCACCAACAAUAUCGCUGAAUAUGAUGGGCUCAUCCGGGCCCUGACACUCGCGGUAUCUAUGCGCCUCACCCACGUUGAGGUUUGCGGCGAUAGUCAACUCGUUCUGAACCAGAUGCGCGGCCUCCACCGCGUUCGCCAUCCGGGGCUCCGUGCCUCCUACCUUCAAGCACGCUCCCUCGCAUCCCGCCUCUUCUGUAGAUUUACACAUCGCCCGCGCGAUUUCAACCAGGCUGCCGACUUGCUUUCCAAACAAGCCCCUGAUGACCGCCGCGACUACAAUACAACUACAGACAGGGACCCCCUCCCUCCGAGCGACGCCGCGAUCUACUACGACUACCUGGACUUCGAUCUCCUCCAUAACCCGGGCUAA